AUGGGCGUCGGCCAUGUCAACUCUGUGCCCGCGGCAGUCGCCGCGGGCGACGAGACCAGCGUCAUCAAGGUGCAGAAUGAGGAUGAAUUGCGUCUGGCGCAGAUGGGGCUGGGCCUAGGACUCAUCACCGCCAUCAAUGCUGGCGGGCCGGGAGCGCUCAUCUACGGAUUCAUCCUCGUCUUCAUCCUGCAGUCCUUCCUAGGAGCGUCGCUGGCGGAAUUCGUAUCCGCAUACCCCGUCGAAGGAGGCAUGUACCACUGGAUUGCGGCCAUCGCGCCGGGACGGUACAACAGCUUCUUGAGCUUCAGCACGGGGUGGAGUACGGUGUUUGGAUGGAUCUUCACGACCGCAUCGACCAACCUGAUCUAUGCCACCAACUUCAUGGCCCUGAUCGCCCUCUACAAGACUGACCUGGUCAUCCAGCCGUGGAUGACAUUCCUCGCCUACCAAGGUUUCAACCUGCUCACGUCAGGGAUAGUCAUGUUUGGCAAUCGCAUUAUUCCUGCGAUCAAUCGGUUCUCGUUGGCCUACCUGCAACUGGCAUGGUUCGUCAUCCUGGUCGUGGUCGCGGCGAAGGCCCCUGCGCACAACGAUGCCAAGUUUGUGUUUCGGACAUGGAUCAACAAUACGGGAUGGGAGAACAAUGUCAUAUGCUUCAUCACCGGGCUAGUGAACCCGCUGUAUUCGCUGGGUGGACUGGACGGGAUUACGCACAUCACCGAAGAGAUGCCCAACCCCGGAAGAAAUGCGCCUCUCGCUCUGGCAUGCACCCUCAUCAUCGCAUUCAUCACUGGAUUCACCUACCUGCUCAGCCUGAUGUUCUCCGUCCAGGACUACGCCAGCCUGGCCAACAGCCGGACAGGCCUGCCACUGGCGGAGAUCUUCCGACAGGCGACGCAGAGCGUGGGCGGCGCCUUUGCCUUGACAUUCAUCCUGUGGGUGGCCAUUGGGCCGUGCAUGAUCGGGUCGCAGUUGAGCACCGGUCGAGUCUUUUGGGCAUUUGCCCGAGACGGAGGUCUUCCUUUGUCGAAAAUCUGGGCCAAAGUCCACCCCCGCCUCGGCGUCCCGUUUAACGCGCAGCUGUGCGUGGCUGUGAUCAUUGCCUUGUUGGGCUGUAUUUAUCUCGGCUCGAGCACCGCGUUCAACGCCAUGCUGAGUUCUGCUGUCACGAUCAACAACAUCGCCUACCUGGUCCCCAUCCUGACAAACGUCGUCCUUCGCCGCAGAACCAUGCACCGCGGACCCUUCCACAUGGGUCCUGUCCUCGGCAUGGUGGUCAACAGCGUCACCGUCGCCUGGCUGAUUUUUGCGAUUGUCUUUUUCUCGUUUCCUUUCGAGAUGCCUGUGACGGCCCAAAACAUGAACUACACCUGCGUCUGCGUCGGCGGAUUCCUCAUCAUCGAGCUGCUCUGGUGGGCUGUCGCGGGGAGAGCGUAUUCAGAGAGUAUGCAGAAGGCGAGGGAGGAUGAUGCCAAUGCUGCGCGUCUUGCUGUGGUGGUGGUAGAUAGCGCCAGUACAAAUAGCAAGCAUAAGCAUGUGAGGCAUGUGUAA